AUGGCAAUUCAGAUCAUGGACUCCAAAAGUGAUCUGCAGAAGAAAGAAAAACAUCUUAGAAUGCCUGGGGCAGACCUUCCAGCAUGUCCUACCAAGCCUCUGCAACUAAUCCAGCAUGUGGCACAGAGUGCCGUCUUUAAUGAGCUGAGAGUGCAUGUCACACAAAUCAUCACUUUGCACUGUUUGCCAGUACCCGUUCACAUCACAUCCCAAAGAGGUGUGUUUGGUGUUGAAGAAAUAACAGUCUCUCUGAUUUUGGGAGAUUGUGUCACUUUGCACACUGGUGUUAAAACAAACCAACAAGACAGAAUUAGAUGGUAUUACAAUGAUAUCCGCAUUGCUCAAAUUACCAGAGAUCGCAGUAAGACCUGUACAGAUGUUCAGUGUGAUGGGAAAUUCAGAGACAGAUUGAAGUUGAACAAUCAGACCGGGUCUCUUACCAUUACAAACAUAAUGACCUCAGAUGCUGGACUUUAUAAACUGAAGAUUUUAGACAGCCCCAGCAGCGAAAAAAUCUUCAAUGCUACUGUUCAUGAUCAAAUGAAGACAGCGCCAGUGCAGGAGAGAAAUUCAGUCACUUUAUAUACUGGUGUAGCAAAAUCAGAUGAUUUGAUUACAUGGUAUUUUAAUGACAUUCUCAUCGCUGAAACCCUUAUUUCUGGACAUCUUAAUGAGAUCUGUAUGGAUAUUCAGUGUAAAGAGACAUUCAGAAACAGACUACAGCUGGACAAUCAGACUGGAUCUUUGACCAUCACAAACACCAGAACAACAGACUCUGGACUCUAUAAACUACAGAUCAACAGCAGCAGCAGCAGCAGCAGUAUUAUUAGGAACUUCAGCAUUGCUGUCUUUAUCCUGCCGGUGCUGAUCCUGGCUGUUGCCGUUGGUGUGAUUUGGUUCAGCACGAAGCAUAAACGAAAAAAUCAAGAGUGUUCCACUGCAAACAGAAGAAAUGACUGA